ACAGCUCCAGGCCGCAUGGUGCUCCCUGCUCCGAACAUCAGGAGAGAGAAACUUGUUUUUGAUACCCACGCCACGCCGGAGAGCCUGGGAGAAAUUUCUCAGAGCCUGGAGGCCGGAGGAUCGAAGAUGGAGAACGCGGUGGUGCUCCGGGAGUGGUUCGACCGCGUGGACGCCGGCCGCACCGGGAACAUCACCGCUCCUCAGCUCCAGAGCGCUCUCGCCGUGGGCAACCUUGACUUCCCUCUCUCCGUCGUGCAGCAGAUGAUAAGGAUGUAUGACUUUGAUCGGAACGGAACCAUGAGCUUCGAAGAGUUUCUGGCUCUUAACAAGUUCCUUCAGAAGGUGCAAGGUGUCUUCUCCACCCUAGAAAGGGGUCGUGGAUUUCUCAGUCUUGAGGAGGUGUAUGAGGGAUUAAUCAAACUUGGUUUCUCAUUGGAUUCACCUGCUUUCUACACAGUUUGUGAGAGCUUUGACAAGAGCAAGAAGGGGAUGGUUCAUUUGGAUGAAUUUAUAUCACUUUGCAUUUUUGUGCAAUCAGCUCGUAACUUGUUCAACUCAUUCGAUACAAGCAAGCAAGGAAGAGUGAGUUUGGACUUUAACCAAUUUGUUUACUGCACGGCAAACUGCAGGAUAUAGCUUCUACUUGACACCUGCACAUGGAAACACAGACAAAAAGUCUGCAGUGUGAAGCAAGAACCUUUCACCAAUCAAACCUCAGCAUCGGCAGCUGGUUGGUAUUGCAAUUUGCGAAACAAGGCUUCUUUCAGUUCGUUGUUUGCGAAACAAGGCUUCUUGUACCGCCAUUUUACUUGAAUUUCUUCAAGGUUGGCUGUCCGUCAUUUUGUGUCAAAUUUACAAUAAUCCUGGGCUGUAUAUAUAGAAUAAGACAUGGCAAUCUGUGGCUGUAUUUGUAGCAAUAUCAUUUAAUCUAGGCAUUACACUCUUGCAUGUGACUUUC